UAAACGUGCGUAGAGAGUUUCAUUUCAUGAGAGCCAAAGUUCGUUUCAAAUUAAGAACAUAAAAACUUUGGUGUAUACAUCAUACAUGUAUAUAUAUAGAGAGGCCUAUAGUAUAUACCAUAUUUAAUUUGGUGCAGAUCUUUGAAGAAGUUACGCAAAUCUGCACCAAGAAAAAAUUAAUGGAGUCUAUGUUGUUGUCGUCAAUCUCAGCAUUACUUCUGUUACUGCUCUCUUGCUUCACAUUCACUUCUACAGAUGCCUAUGAUGCACUUGAUCCAACCGGUAACAUAACGAUCAAAUGGGACGUCAUUAGCUGGACUCCAGAUGGCUAUGUUGCUGUGGUAUCAAUGUACAAUUUCCAACAGUAUCGCCAUAUUCAGGCGCCGGGGUGGUCGUUAGGGUGGUCGUGGGCCAAGAAAGAAGUAAUAUGGAACAUGAUGGGAGGGCAGACCACAGAGCAAGGAGACUGCUCAAAGUUCAAAGCAGGCCAACCACAUUGCUGUAAAAAGGACCCCCUAGUCGUUGACUUGCUCCCGGGGACUCCUUACAACCAACAGAUCGCCAAUUGCUGCAAAGGGGGUGUCCUGAGUUCGUGGGCUCAGGACCCCAGCAAUGCUGUUAGCUCAUUCCAGGUCAGCGUUGGUUCGGCCGGAACAACUAACAGAACGGUCAAGUUGCCGCGAAACUUUACCCUCAAGGCACCUGGUCCUGGAUACACUUGUGGCCCUGCAAAGAUUGUUAGGCCAACUAAAUUUGUUACUAGUGACAAAAGGAGAACCACCCAAGCCUUAAUGACUUGGAAUGUUACCUGCACAUACUCUCAAUUCCUGGCUCAAAAGACACCAACUUGUUGUGUUUCCCUGUCAUCCUUCUACAAUGACACAAUAGUAAACUGUCCAACUUGCACCUGCGGCUGCCGGAACAAAACAGCGCCCGGAAGCUGCGUAGAUCCAGACUCUACACAUUUAGCUUCAGUUGUAUCAGGGAAGCCUACGGAUACGCCUCUUGUCCAGUGCUCCAGCCACAUGUGUCCGAUUCGAGUGCAUUGGCAUGUGAAGCUAAAUUACAAGGAGUACUGGAGGAUCAAGAUCACAAUCACAAAUUUCAACUACAGAAUGAACUACACACAAUGGAACCUUGUCGUGCAGCACCCGAAUUUUGAUAAUCUAACUGAGUACUUCAGCUUUAAUUACAAGCCACUAAUGCCUUAUGAAGGCUUAAAUGAUACUGCUAUGCUAUGGGGAGUGAAGUUCUACAAUGAUUUUCUAUCUUCAGCUGGACCCCUUGGUAAUGUGCAAUCAGAACUCUUGUUUAAAAAGGACAAAGAAACCUUCACUUUUGAUAAGGGAUGGGCUUUCCCAAGAAGGAUCUAUUUCAAUGGAGAUAAUUGUGUUAUGCCUCCUCCUGAUGCAUAUCCUUGGCUUCCAAAUUCAAGUUCAAGACUAGUUUUCUCUUUACUAGGCACUUUCAUCAUAGCCA